AUUUUCUUUCCUCAACACAAAGAAGGCAAAACUUGAUUCAACCAAUGUCUGCCCCCAUUUCCAACAAGCUUAUCCACCCUCAACCAAUCCAUGCUCCCCCUUUGCUUACUCCCAUUUCCAGAAUCAAUGGAAAGAUGAAAGCUUGCUGCAGGGCAGUCUCAACCAUAUAUCCAAUGGCUAUCACCACUAGAUUCAGCCCCUGUUUCAUCACCAAAGUGGCUGAACCUAACGCUGGCUUAAUCGGUGGUGAGUAUGAUGUAUUGCAAGAUCCUAACACACUUUCUCACCUCAAAACUGAACUCUUACAGCAAGUCAAAGGAACCAAUAGAGGGAUUUUUGGAGUCCCAUCCUCAAAAAAAUCUGACAUUGAAGCUCUGGUGAAGCUGCUAGAAUCUCACAAUCCAACUCCAGAUCCUACCUUGAAUCUAGAAAAGGUAGGUGGCUGGUGGAAGCUAGUUUACAGUACUAUUACAAUCUUGGGUUCCAAGAGAACAAAGCUUGGGUUGAGGGAUUUCAUCACUUUGGGAGAGUUUUUCCAGAUCAUUGAUAUUGAAAAGAGCAAAGCAGUUAACGUAAUAAAGUUCAAUGCCAGAGGAUUGAAAUUGUUAAAUGGGAAGCUUACAAUUGAAACUUCCUUCAAGAUCGCAUCCAAAUCAAGAGUUGAUGUAAGUCACGAUAACUUGACAAUCACUCCUGAUCAGCUGUUGAAUGUGUUCUCGAAAAAUUAUGAUGUUCUGCUUGCUAUCUUCAAUCUGGAAGGGUGGCUGGAGAUAACGUAUCCUUUACUAUUUCUCCUAGUGUUUUGGUGGAUGUUUUGUGGUAUUAAUAUUGUAACUUCACAUUGUUGUUCCUUGAGUUGGGUUGAACACUGCAGGUAUGUAGAUGACAGGAUGAGGAUAGGGAGAGAUGAUAAAGGGAACAUCUUCAUAUUAGAAAGAUCAGAAGAAGGCACAGUCUAGCUGCCAUUAUACACAUCAAUUUGUUGAUAUAAAAUUCUGUUUUUCAUUUCAUACAAGGUCCAGUUUUGUAGUUGGCAUUCCUCAUUUUAUAUCAUCUAAACGAUUUAAGCAUAAAUGAAGGUGAAGUUGAUUUCU